CGAAUAGCCUAUCGAUUAAGCUAUCAAAGCUCUCGUGUCCUUUCGAUGGCGUCUUCGAAACGUUCCUCAUGCCAUCUUGACUUUCUGGAUACGAAAGACCUAAAAUGAGUUCCUCGCAUGCACCUACGAGCCCGCCGAGCGAAGGAGACGACGCAAGAACGGUGACUUACGAUCCGAACGACCCAUUUUGGCGAGAGACCGAGACCGAGGAAGACGAUGAUGACGACAUGGAGUACAUGCCCGCCUCCCAAGGCAGCGACGAAGAUGGAGACGACGAUGUAGAAAUUAGCUUCCAUGAUGCCGCGGACCAUCUAAGCAAUCUAAGCGGGGUUGAACUGGUCUUCGAAUCCACCGACGGGAACGAUGACGACGAUAACGACGAGGAAGAAGAAGACGAAGAGGGAGAGGGGGCAGAGGCUCGGCGACCAGUAUACAUCACCCGCGACCAGAUCAUGCAGCUGCUCGGCCACGCAGGACUUGGCCGGAUAUUUGCCUCUGACUUUACAACACGCGCAGCAGCACGGCGGGUGAGAGUGGAUGACGACGACGAAGAAGAAGAAGAUAGCGAUCCAGGUACAGGCUACGAUGCAGUGGGUCCCAGGAGUAGCAGGCGAGCCCGGCGUGCACGAGGCGAGGCGCUCUAUGAGAAGGUGCCAAGCGAACGGGGUCAGGAGUUGAUGAAUGGCGGUAUCUUUGGAUCAAAUAUACGAUCAGAGGACACAGUCAAGAGAAAGAAGAGGUUAGCAUACAACAUCAUGCGGAGAGAGCUGGGCUUGGGGAGUGAGGGUCGCCAGAAGAACGCCACCCGGUUAAUGAAGCAGGACAUGAUCCCAGAGUCUGUCGCCGACGCCAUCAUCCACUACAACGCACGAUGUUAUUCUGGACAGUUCUCAGAUGAUGGUAACUUCUUUUUCUCUUGCGCGCAGGACUUCCGAGUUAGGAUGUACGACACAUCGAACCCAUACGACUGGAAGUACUAUAAGUCUGUUGUCUACCCCUACGGACAGUGGACAAUUACAGACGCGUCACUUAGCCCUGACAACCGUUUCCUUGCAUACAGCUCCAUCCGUAGCAUAGUAUGUCUAGCACCAACCGAUCCAGAGAACGACUCCGAGCCAAACCUUCUCGAUUUCGCCAAUCUCGGUGGCAAUAACCCUCGCGGCUUUCACACAUACUUUGGCAUCUGGUCUAUCCGCUUUUCCGGCGACGGUCGCGAAAUUGUAGCCGGCACAGGUGACAACAGCGUCUACGUCUACGACAUCGAGCGCCGGCAAUCCGUCCUGCGCAUCCCCGGUCACCAAGAGGAUGUAAACGCCGUCUGCUUCGGCGACUCGCAAUCCCCACACAUCCUUUACUCGGGCUCAGACGACACGACCCUCAAAGUCUGGGACCGGCGCUCUAUGGGCGACGGCCGCGAAGCCGGUGUCUUCCUGGGCCACACCGAAGGCCUGACGUACGUCGAUAGCAAAGGCGACGGGCGCUACGUACUGAGCAACGGCAAAGACCAGACCGCCAAGCUCUGGGAUCUGCGCAAAAUGAUGAGCAAAGAGAAGGCGGAUAGAAUCGAUCCCAACCACUACACAACCCGCUUCGAAUACCGUUCCAACGCCUACGACCCCGCUGACUUCCGCCCUCAUCCACACGACUGCUCGCUCGUCACUUUCCGCGGGCACAAAGUUCUCAAGACGCUGAUCCGCUGCCACUUCAGUCCGCCGGGGAGCACGGACAGCAGGUAUGUGUACAGCGGGAGUUACGACGGGAGCGUGUAUAUCUGGAACCUGGACGCGACGUUAGCGGGGAAGGUGAAUGUGCUCAAGGCAACGAAGAAUAGUAGGCCAAGGGAUCCGGAGUUGUUAGCGGAGACGUAUGAUUAUUGGGGUAGGAAUGGGGGAAAUUGGAUGACGUGUGUAAGGGAUGCGAGUUGGCAUCCUAAUGCGCCAUUGAUUGCUGCAACAUCGUGGAAUGGAUGGGGUACGAGCCAGGGCACGUGUACAGUGCAUAGCUGGAACGAUGGGCUAGAAGAAGAUGAAGCAGAGCCGCAGAUUGGGAGAAGAGUCAAUGCGCAGUUGCAGCAUGACGAGAGGCUGUACAGGAGUGUAGAGGGGAGGUCGAGAAGACAACCUGCGUGGUACGAUGAGUGGGAGGAUGAUGAUUGACAUGAUCGUUCACGGCCUUUGUUCGACACGUAAAUUUGCAUUUGGCGGAGUACUGGUUAUAUAGGUACGGCUCAACCACACAGCGCACAUUUUGGUGCGAAUCGAAGAUUACCGUUUUGG